UUGGUUACCUUCCAAACAAAGCUGCUGAUUUGUUGAAGCAAAAACAAGAGGAGGGGAAACGCGAGACAGAGAGACAGAUAGGAAAGAGGGGGAGGACAGAAAGAGAUGAGGUGAGUGAUUGUGCCUUGCCACACAGACUUGAAGUGCAUUCUCCCUUGGAGACAGUAGCAAUGCUGGAGCUUUGCGUACCAGUGCAACUGUAGAGUCUCCACUUCACUCCCACUGAGCUGUGUAGCUAACCGGAGAGAAGGACAGCAUCAGGGACGUUGAGAACGCUGGACUGGAGACUUCCAGAAAGUCUGGACCGAAGACGAAGAGUGGUCUGCUAACGGGAAGGGGGCUUUGAAGUGUGUGGAGACGAAGCAGUCAGCAUUCUGAGAAUGCACCAAGGUAGCAGAGGGAGCUGCUGAGUGUUUUGGCUUGUGCACCCGCAUUCACACACCCACACACACCUUCCACUGGAGGACAGUGUGUGGUGCCCCCAGUGGAGAAUGAAGAAGCACUCGGCCCGAGUGGCUCCUCUAAGCUCAUACAGCACGCAGGUCCUGACCUGCCCCAACUCUGAAGGAGAGGAUGGUUCAGAGUCUCGACCAGAGACCCCAGCCAGCGACAUCAGCAUAGAGAGUCGGUCCUACCAGACAUGUGCCAACACAGCUCUGAAGGUGCUGGGUGGUCUUCUGAUGGUGCUGUGCGUGUCCUCCUCCUGGGUGGGUACCACUCAGGUGGUGAAGCUGACCUUCCAGUCAUUUUCCUGUCCCUUCUUCAUCUCCUGGUUCAGCAGCAACUGGAACAUCCUCUUCUUCCCCAUAUACUACUCUGGACAUGUUUUUACCACAGGCGAGAAGCAGACUCCCAUUCAGAAAUUUAGGGAGUGCAGUAAACUCUUUGGGGAGGAUGGAAUGACUCUCAAGCUGUUUGUGAAGAGGACAGCACCCUUCUCCAUCCUAUGGACACUGACCAACUACCUGUACCUCUUAGCAUUGAGGAAACUGACUGCCACUGACGUCUCGGCCCUCUACUGCUGCCACAAAGCCUUUGUCUUUCUCCUCUCAUGGAUCGUUCUCAAGGACCGGUUCAUGGGUGUUCGGAUUGUUGCUGCCAUAAUGGCCAUCACAGGUAUAGUCAUGAUGGCUUAUGCAGAUGGUUUUCAUGGUGAUUCAUUUGUGGGUGUGGCCCUGGCUGUGGGUUCUGCCUCAACUUCAGCUCUCUAUAAGGUUCUGUUUAAGAUGUUCCUUGGCAGCGCUAACCUUGGAGAGGUUGCUCAUUUUAUUUCAACAAUGGGCUUCUUCAACCUUAUUUUCAUCUCCUGUGUUCCCCUCAUCCUCUACUUCACCAGGGUGGAGCACCUGGGCUCCUUGUCUUCACUACCCUGGGGUUACCUGUUUGGACUGGCAGGACUGUGGCUGGUCUUUAAUAUUCUGGUCCAUGUCGGCGUGGUGCUGACUUACCCCAUCCUCAUCUCCAUAGGGACACUGCUCAGUGUGCCUGGAAAUGCAGCUGUAGAUGUUUUGAAACAUGAGGUGAUCUUCAGCGUGGUGCGGCUGGCUGCCACCUGCAUCAUCUGCCUGGGGUUUCUCCUCCUUCUGCUGCCAGAGGAGUGGGACUCAGUCACCCUUCGAUUCCUCGCCAACAUUGCUGACAAGAAGUCCGAGGAAAACGGAGAGGAACUGACAGAGUCCAGUGGCCAGACUCGAAGUCGGAGUCGAGCAAACGGCACCGUCUCCAUUCCCUUGGCAUGACACGGCUGGAUUCUCAUGAUAACAACAGUUAGCAAAUCCCUUGUGUUUCCUCUCUGAGGUUCUGGCAGAACGCUCAGUCUGUGUAAACUUCUCAUUCAGGAGGACAGCAUCGACUAAGUUGAAAUGUAAUCUUUACUUUGCAUAAGUACCCCUGUCACUUCACAAACGGGGAGGAGAACACUUAUGGAUCAUGCAAACCAGAAAAAGGCUGAAACUGGUAUUUACUGUGGAAAUAGUUGCAAUGUUCCAUCUUAUGUCCUGCACGCACCCAAAGCAAGAGCUGACUGGCUUCUCCUGAUAUGCUCUCCAGACUGUAUUCUGUGAAUAUAAAUUUUGGCAGGGCCAGUUUGGCUCAAAAUAUUUCUAUUUAUUUAAAUUUGUUCAAGCCAGAGUAUUGAUUUUAAGUCUAAGCAGUCAUACUGAAAAGAAUGGCUAUUAUACUGUGCAUAAUGCAGAAGCUCUUUGGUUUUUAUAAUAAACGACUUGAAACCUUUGGAGAUUGUGUCUCUAGUUGAAGAAAGAGUUCAAGUUAAAGUUGCAUGGUGGUGUUAUAUUUUGUUGCUAUAUGACAGGUCUUAAAUUGCAUUCAGACCAAAAAAAAAUCUAAUUAAUGAAGAUUUUGAAGGUUCUGCUUAUGCUGCUCUUAAUUUAUGUUUUACAAUAAAAACAUGUUUCCCCAAUAGCCGAGUUAAAAGAAACGGCUGUCAAAAUAGCUUCAGCUGAAGUUAACAGAAACUAAUGUCACUAAAAGCAUCAGAUAAAAAGCCACCUAGAGAGUAUAUUCAAAUAUCUUAGAUUACUAAGAUAUUUGAAUCUUAGUGAUCUAAGAUUACUAAGAUCUUAGAUCACUAAGAUUCAACAUCAUUUAUGCAAGCUGUACAUGUUGGCAAAACAUAAAUGCCACCAACAGAGUAGAUCAGCACAACAUUUUUUAUUCAAAUUGUUAAGCAUUGUGGUGGAAGGGCGAUGAUUUGUGCUCGUUUUGGAUACACAGAAUUUAGUCUCCUUGCAGUGUUUGUAUAAACCACAAACUCCUUUGUUUAUCAAUGUUUUCUAGAGUAAUAUGUGGUGUCGACUUUCUGUCAACGGAAGUAUUAUUUUUGCCUCAUUUUUAUGCAGUGGGAAAAUGGAAAAAUCAGCUGUUUGGGAUAGUAGAAAUAAUUAAACAACUUCUUGAUUUUA